UUGGAGUUAAGAAUCGAACGUUCUUCAAAUUCAAAGAACGAAAAAGAGAUCAAUCACAGUAACCAAUAACACUCACAGUCUCACAUCACACCCCGGUUUUCUUGAACCCAACACCCAGACCCACGCAUUUUGCUCCUAACUUUGUGCUUAUUGAACAUGGUCUGUCCCUCCUUAAUUUUCCAAUCUUUAAUGUUUCCCUUACAUGUAUAUACAUAUAGGUUCUGUAAUUGUUAUCCUAUAUACUAUGCAUAAACAAAAAUGACUUUCUUGAUGUCUCUUAUCUUUUUUUCCAUUCUCUCCUUAAGCUUGUCAUACUCUCAAGCUGCUGUUCGUACUCCAUUUCUUGAUGGGUUACUAGCAAAUGGGAACUUUGAAGAAGGACCAAAACCAUCAGACCUCCAGAAAACAGUGCUCAUAGGGAGGUAUUCCUUGCCGAAAUGGGAAAUCUCCGGCCUGGUGGAGUAUGUCUCCGGUGGGCCACAGCCGGGUGGGUUCUACUUCGCGAUCCCUCGUGGUGCUCAUGCAGCAAGGCUUGGAAAUGAAGCCUCCAUAUCACAAGUUGUUGAUUUAAAGGUUGGAUCAAUCUAUUCGCUCACAUUUUCUGCAACAAGAACUUGUGCUCAAGACGAGGUGCUAAAGGUGUCGGCUUCCGGCCAGUCAAGUGACCUUCCGAUUCAAACUUUGUAUAGCAGUGAUGGAGGAGACACUUAUGCUUUUGCUUUCAAUGCUACUUCUGGUAGCGUGAAGAUCAGUUUUCGUAACCCAGGUGUUCAAGAGGACCCUACCUGUGGACCUCUCUUGGAUGCCAUUGCAAUCAAAGAGAUGCGUCCUCUAAGCUACACUAAAGGACAUUUGGUGAAAAAUGGGGGCUUUGAGAUCGGACCUCAUGUGUUCAAAAACUUCUCAACAGGAGUUCUCCUCCUUCCCAAAAUACAUGACAUCAUCUCACCACUCCCCGGGUGGAUUGUAGAGUCACUAAAACCAGUGAAGUACAUAGACUCAAAACACUUUCGAGUACCCGAGGGUCAAGCUGCCAUUGAGUUGACUGGAGGGAGAGAAACUGCUAUAUCACAAAUCAUUCGCACGAUUCCUAAGAAAUUCUAUACAGUAUCAUUCACCAUUGGAGACGCAAAGAACAGCUGCCAUGGAUCCAUGAUGGUGGAAGCGUUUGCAGCAAAGGAAACUUUAAAAGUGAAGUUUAAGUCUACGGGAAGUGGAGGUUUUAAGUAUGCUAGCUUUAAGUUUCAAGCGAUUUCGGAUAGAACAAGACUCACAUUCUUUAGUGCUUUUUACCAUACCAAGCUUAAUGACUAUGGUCACUUUUGUGGCCCUGUCUUGGAUGAUGUUAAGGUUUUGCCUGUUUUUCCGUGAACAUGGCAAAUACUUGAACAACUAGAGAUUGAUUCAAAGGAUGCUUCUUUUCUAGUUAGAUUAGGGUACUGUAUGCUUUUUUUUUCAUGGGCUUAAUCCAGUAAGCUGGAGUAAUAGGCAUAAUUUAGCCAUUUUAAAGACACUUUUCAACGGUUUAGAUUGGUUAAACUUUGCUUUGAAAUAAACGGAGGUUGUUUUUUCGACCAUUUCUUUUUGG